UAAAUAUUCAAUGUCUUAUUUCAGCUUCCAUUUAACACAUAUCCUUAUCCAAGUAUGACUGAAGGACUGUCCUAUAUAUUCCAGACUGCGGCAGGAUUUAUUCUCACAGCACUCUGCUGGGGCUUCACCAACCCAUUCAUCAAGCGCGGAUCCAAGGGCCUCGAAUCAAUCAAGCGACCGACGUGGCUCUCGCAGACCUUAGCCGAAACUUACUUUUUGUUUACAAACUGGAAAUACCUUCUCCCUUUACUCCUGAACUUGAGCGGGUCCGCAGUCUACUAUUACACUCUGAGCUCUGCCGAAAUAACCAUUGCAGUGCCAAUAACCAACUCCUUGGCUCUCAUAUUCACUAUUCUCUCGGGAAUGCUUCUCGGAGAACCAUCUCCGACGCGUAAGGAGCUCACAGGGAUGUUUUGCAUAGUUUCAGGCGUAGCCCUUUGUAUUACCUCUUAAUAGAAAACCCCUUGAGGAAAAAAAGGAGG